AUGGUCAUAGGACUACUUGUCCUCACGUCCAUACCGACGGUGACGGGCGUGGCACAGGGCAUCAGCGCGAAGAAGCAGGAGAAUGCAAAGUUGAAGGAGAAGAUCAAGUUCAACAUGACAGCAACGCUCUCUAUCGACGGGGGGCCGCCGACCGAGGCCUGGAUCGUCCUCGCAGCGGGAAGAAUGUGGAUAGAUCAUCCUCAAGCGCCGAUGCCAGGCCACAAAUUCAACGGCUACUACUUCAAGUACCCAUCCGAAAAAGAGUAUCAAGGCCUGGUAUCCACAAUCCAGGAGGACCCACCGAUGUUGAACUGGCUGUACGUCGACAAGGACACAGGCAUGAUCAAGUACGGCAGCCGCAAAGACACAGCAGAGCAUGUCAUCGGGCCCUGGGGCUGGAGCGAGGACGAGCAGUUCCUCACCUUUGAUGAGGAUGACUGGCGCUUCAUCGCAGUCGAAGUUGAGGUAGCACUGGGGGGAGGGACCAGGAAGAUGUGGGAGGUGUUCCUUUCGAGGGAUCGAGAUGGCAGCUUGAAACCAAAAGCCGAGAUGGAGGGGGACGACAAGGAGCAGGAUGAUGAGCAGCCGGUCUUUGACCCUAGGACGUCGUCCUACAGGUGGGCGCCGAUCAAGCUGCUCAGAAAGCUGCAGCUGGGGGUGAACAGCCAGUGGGUCGGGGGGAAGAAGGACAAGGAGAAAGAGAACGGCCAGUAG